CUGUUUAAUGAUGGAAAAAUCUGAUGCAAUUAAAGCCUUCGUUAACAAUAUCAGAAUUCAGAAGCCAACAAACUUUCAAGUUUUCCUUUUUCCAAUGUCUCUAUCCUGUUGGUUGGUAUGCAACUUUCAAAUUCAAAACUUUCAGGUAUCAAUUCAAAGCUUUGGCUUUGAAGUUACGGAAAUUUUUAACUUUAAAUCGGAGUAACUGUUUGGGGUGCUUUUUGUGUUACAGUCACUCAGUAAAGUAGAAUGCUGGAUUUGUCUCCCAAUUUUUUGUUUGUGUUGAACUGUAGACUUUCCAGCUAAUAUUUGCUUAUUUUUAUAAUUUCAUUGCGCUGCUAUUGAUUAAUCAUUGAAGAUGAUUUCCCAUUUCCCAUUCUUCUAAGUUCUUAUUCGUCUAUUUGGGUUUGAUCUUGACGGUAAAAUUGGUUCGAGGAUAGGCUUGAAAGAGAGUAUGGUGGUCACCUAUGGAAUGCAAUGACUUAGUUCUCCACCGGGAGAUUGCAAAAUUUCUUCGAUAAAAAACUGAAGAAAAGGAGAUUUUUCUGUUUAAUUUUGGCGCUUUUUCGAGAGCUACCCACUGCGUGGAAAUCAAAUGGGACUUUGGAUCAUCAUCUGUGAUCCUUAAAAACCCAGAAAUCUUUUCUGGGUUUUGUUUUUUGUUCCCGAAGAUUAGCUUCUUGUUCUUUUUUCGGUGUCUUUACAAUCGGUUACAAAGGUGGGUUUCCCAGGAAGAAAAGAAGGAAAUUCUAACUUUGGCUCUUUUCUGAAAGAACUGGGGUCAUCGAGAAGAUAUGAUUUUUGGCUGUUCCUGGAUGGUUGGCAACUUCUUCGUAUGAAGAGUUUUUCAGUUGGAGACAAACUUCAAUUAGGUUUUUCAGUUUAUAUCUUUGGGAAUUUCCCUCGAGGUCGAUCCUUUCUGCUAUUUGCUCUUAUGGUUAGGAGUAAACAAUUGACAUGCAAGCCAAAAUAGAAACCCUGUCCUUCUUUAAUUGAUUCAUGGAGUUUAGCUUUUUCCCUAAUUUUUAUUUUGUCUAUUGAAUUAUCCUGGCUGUGAAAUGGGUUGCUUUUAAAUAGUUUCUCCUCCAGAAAAUUUAAUGUGGGUUUUGUUUGGCAAUUUCCACUGCCCUUAUUUCAUUUGCUUUUGCAAACCUUCUCCUCAUCUUAUCUCUCCUUCCCCAUUGAAAUUAGAGAACAGCCCACAUGUUCCUUCUCCUUUAUCUUCGGUUCCUGCUGCUGUGGGUCAGUUAUCUGGUGAGAUGAUUGAGGUAAAGAAUGAAGCCUUUAAUGGGAAUCAAGUUGAGAAUUUUCCAAAAAGCAGUCUCAAGAAGCCAUCUUUAGAACCAGGUGUUGAGAAAGAGGUUGAAAAGGCAAGAGUGCAGUGGAUAGAUUUCUUAGGGAAAGAACUUGUUGAGAUCAAGGAAUUUGAACCCAGUGAAUCAGGAUAUUCAGAUGAUGAAGGACAGGGUAAUCGAGGCUGUGUUUGUAUUAUUCAGUGAUUGUGCUUAUUAUUCUUGCCUCAAUACCAUGUU